AUGUGGGAUUGGUGGAAUGAUGAGACCAAAAAGUUGUUCUACUCUAACUAUGGGGACUUGCCGUACUUAUAUGACAUCAAGGUGGAUGAACGAUUGUUUCGGGCCCUUGCUCAAUAUUGGAAUCCUGCAUAUAGCUAUUUUUAUUUUGGGAAUGUAGAUUUGGUGCCUAUAGUGGAGGAAUAUACAGCUUUACUACAUUGCCCAAGACUUCAGGUGGAUAAAGCAUAUUCCAGAGCCGCGUAUGUCCCAACAUUUUGGAAGAAAUUGAUGAAUAUUACUAGAAUGAGCGAGCAGUGGAUUACGGCCAGGAUCAAGCAGAAAACGCAUCCAGAUGGGAAAAAGAAGGUUGAUGUGUUUGCUUUGAGUAUCUACGAGUUGGUGAUCUUCCCUAGGGCACUGGGGCAUAUUGAUGAGGUGAUUUCAGAUCUUUUUGACCGAUUGGAUAAAGGGGUUACGCAUGUUCCUACGAUUUUGGCUGAAACGUUUAGAUCUUUGAAUGCCUGUAGGCGAGCUGGCGAGGGCAGAUUUAUGGGUUGUGCGCAGUUGUUGCUAGCUUGGUUUCAUAGUCAUUUCUGGAAGGUCAACAAGAUUUCGUACCGGGUUUUCUCUGAACAUUACUCCUCGUUAAAAGAGAUAGUGGCUACGCCAAGAAGGGACAACAUAUUAGAGGAAAAUUGGAUGGCAAUUCUUCAUAAUCUCCGAGAAGAAGAUGUUGAGUGGAGAGCUCCUUCGUUGAUUCCUGACAGGAUUCUUUACCGAUGCGGGAAUUUUGAUUGGGUUCCGUUGCUUGGAAUUUGGGGAGCCGUCGGAUAUGCGCCUUUGCUGGUACUAAGGCAAUACAAUUCAAGACAGUUCGUGCAGGCAACGCACGGGUUAGCUCAAUGUGAGUUCUCAUACCGAGGAGAUAAUUACAAGAAGAGGGUAAAAGAAAUUUCUCAGGCUUAG